UCACGGGAGGGAGUAGGGGAGAAGAGGAUGGAAGGAAAGGCGGUACGGGCAGCGAGGUCGAGGCGCUGGAAGAUUCCGUGAAGCGGGUUAGGAGCUGCCCUUUGCAGACCCCUUCUCUGAAAAGCCGCGAGGUUUCAGCUUCGAGAUCCCAUAAGGACGAGAGAUCUCGCGAGAAAUGUGAUCGCAGCUCCUUCAGUGACGGGGCGGUUAGGCGCAAGGUGGUGUUCAUCAGGGCGCCGUGCUUUGGUUUGGUUCCUCGGCCUUCACGCUGGAUGGCCAGGUUUUCCUUUGUGCAUCGGCCAAUACCUGAGAAAUGGUCGCUUCCCCCUAGUCUAGACACGCUUUAAACAGCAAUAUUAAAAGUGAGUCUGCAAGCACUGGAAAAAGACUUUUGCAAAAGAACAUUGUACAUCAUGGAUUCUUUGCCAGAAGAUUUUUUUGUGAGGGAUCCUCCUGUGGAGGAGCAGACUAAGAAAGAAACUGAGAAUAAGGUAGAAAAAUCAACUGAUCAACUGGAUAAACAGGAAAAGGACACACCUACUGAACUUGUCCCUGUUAAUCUACUAUCAGAGGUGAAGAAGUUAUUGGGUGCAAUUAGUAGUCUACCAAAAGGUGUGGUCCCUCACAUUAAGAAGUUUUUACAAGAAGAUUUUUCUUUCCAAACUAUGCAGAGAGAAGUUGCAUCUAAUAGCCAGAAUGGGGAGGAAAUUGUUCCUGCGUUGACUUUACGUUUCUUGAUAAUACAGCUGGAGGCAGCACUUAGGAACAUUCAAGCUACUAAUUAUACUGCACAUCAGAUUAAUAUUGGUUAUUAUUUGACAUUACUGUUUUUGUAUGGAGUAGCACUCACUGAGAGAGGAAAGAAAGAGGAUUAUACAGAAGCUGAGAAUAAGUUUCUAGUGAUGAAGAUGGUGAUCCAAGAAAAUGAAAUUUGUGAAAACUUUAUGUCUUUAGUUUAUUUUGGUCGUGGUUUGCUUCGAUGUGCUCAGAAGAGAUAUAAUGGAGGACUGCUAGAAUUUCAUAAAAGCUUACAAGAAAUAGGAGAUACAAAUGAUCACUGGUUUGACGUAGAUUCUUUGGAAGAUGAAGAUUUACCUACAACUUUUAAAGAUCUUCUCAAUAAUUUUAUCAAGACAACUGAAAGUAACAUAAUGAAGCAGACCAUUUGCAGUUAUCUAGAUUGUGAACGAUCUUGUGAAGCUGACAUUUUAAGGAACACCAGUUAUAAGGGAUUUUUUCAAUUAAUGUGCAGUAAAAGCUGCUGUGUUUAUUUUCAUAAAAUUUGUUGGAAAAAGUUCAAAAAUUUAAAAUAUCCAGGUGAAAAUGAUCAGAGUUUUAGUGGGAAAAAAUGUUUGAAGGAAGGAUGUACAGGUGACAUGGUAAGGAUGCUACAGUGUGAUGUACCUGGAAUUGUUAAAAUUUUGUUUGAAGUUGUGAGAAAGGAUGAAUUUAUAACCAUUGAAAAUUUAGGAGCAAGUUAUAAAAAGUUGAUGUCUCUGAAAAGAACUGAUACUGAUGUAAGACCGAAGAUCAGUUUAAAAUUUAGUACAAAAGAUGAAAUGCCUAUCUUCAAACUUGAUUAUAAUUAUUUCUAUCAUCUGCUUCAUAUAAUUAUUAUUUCUGGUACUGACAUUGUCCGGCAAAUAUUUGAUGAGGCUCUGCCACCCCCUCUUUUGAAAAAAGAGCUUCUUAUUCACAAGAAUGUGCUGGAACCCUACUACAACCAUCUUUGGACUAAUCACCCUUUGGGUGGAGCAUGGCAUCUGCUUUAUCCCCCAAACAAGGAGCUACCACAGUCCAAACAGUUUGACUUAUACCUCCUGUUAGCUCUCAUAAAACAUUUGAAUGUAUUCCCUGCACCCAAAAAAGGCUGGAAUAUGGAACCACCAUCUUCUGAUCUCUCUAAGUCUGCAGACAUCCUGAGGCUGUGCAAAUACAGGGAUAUCCUCCUUAGUGAGAUUUUGAUGAAUGGUCUCACUGAGUCACAAUUCAAUUCAAUUUGGAAAAAAGUUUCAGAUAUUCUUCUGCGCCUUGGGAUGAAGCAAGAGGAUAUUGACAAAGUGAAGGAGAAUCCCAUUGAGAAUAUCUCCCUUGAUUACCAUCAGCUGUCCAUCUACCUAGGCAUACCAGUACCAGAAAUCAUCCAGAGGAUGUUAUCCUGCUAUCAACAAGGACUUGCUCUACAGUCAAUAACCGGCAAUCAACAUAUUGAAACAGAAGAAUUACAGAAUGAGGAAGAAGAACUAAGUCCACCUCUCAUGGAGUACAAUAUAAAUGUGAACUCAAACCCUGAAAUACAGUUAGCAGAAAUGAGUAAAGAUGGGGCAUCGAUACCCAGUGAAUCUUCAACAGAAUCUAUUAAAGAUCUCCAGGAAGUUAAGAGUAAACCAAAGAAAAAGAAAAAGACUAAGAAUAAAAAGAAUAAGGAAUCAAAAGAAGAGCAAGUUCCAAAUAUGGUAGAAAAGGAAGAGCAGUUGAAGAAAGAGCAAGCAAAUCUACACCCAGGCAAUAGAUUUAUGAAAGAUGAUGCAAGUGAUGUUCAAGAAGAUUCUGCAACUGAAGAAAAGUUCUAUAGCCUGGAUGAAUUGCAUAUACUGGACAUGAUAGAGCAGGGCUCAACCAGCAAGGUAUCUGCAGCAUAUGGAGAAACUGAGAAGGAAAAGCUUGCUCGACAAAAGCAGCUUUAUAAAUUACAUUGUCAGUGUGAAGAUUUCAAAAGACAGUUGAAAGCAGUGACAUUUCGGUGGCAAGAAAACCAAAUGCAGAUUAAAAAGAGAGACAAAAUCAUCUCAUCUCUUAACCAACAAGUGGCUUUUGGAAUCAAUAAGGUUUCCAAAUUACAGCGUCAGAGCCAUGCUAAAGAUAAUGAAAUCAAGAACCUUAAAGAGCAACUUUCCAUGAAAAGAUCUCAGUGGGAAAUGGAGAAGCAUAAUAUGGAAAGCACAAUUAAAACAUACUUAAGCAAACUGAAUGCAGAAACUAGCAGAGCUUUAACAGCUGAGGUGUAUUUCUUGCAGUGUCGUCGAGAUUUUGGUUUGCUUCAUCUAGAGCAGACUGAAAAGGAAUGCCUCAGUCAGCUUGCCAGGGUGACUCAAAUGGCAGCAAGCAACCUAGAAUCUCUUCAAUUAAAGGCUGCAGUAGACAGUUGGAAUGCCAUUGUGACAGAUGUCAGAAGCAAGAUUGCAUUCCUUAGGACACAGUACAAUGAACAAAUUAACAAAGUGAAGCAAGGAUUUGCCUUGAGUACUUUGCCUCCAAUCCAGCUUCCUCCACCACCACCCAGUCCUGAGAUACUGAUGCAGCAGUUCUUGGGAAGACCCCUUGUGAAAGAAUCUGUCUUUAGACCCGUGCUCACUGUUCCUCAAAUGCCUGCUGUUUGUCAUGGAGUCAUCUCUGCAGCUGGCCAACCUAGACCCCCCUUGAUGACUGGCAUAGCCUGGACUGUGCCGGCACCUGUGGGAGAGGCUGUGCAUCCCAGUGCAGGUCUGGGCAGUGAUCCCCCCAUGAUGCAUUGGGAGAGGAUUACAGACAGACUGAAAACUGCCUUUCCACAACAGACCAGAAAGGAGCUUACAGAUUUCUUACUAAAGUUGAAGGAUGCUCAUGGGAAGUCCUUAUCUGAACUAACAUUUGAUGAAAUUGUUUACAAGAUUUCUCAAUUUAUUGAUCCCAAGAGAUCUCAGAGUCAAGGAAAAUCAGUGCCAAAUGGUAGUUGUGUUUCACCCAGCCAUACUCCAGCAGAGUCCAGUGCUUCCCAGCCCCAAAAACCAGCCUGGAGGCCCCUCAGUUUACAAGGUCCUAUCACGUGGGAAGGAGCCAAUAAUUUGGAGGAUGAGGAAGAGGAGGAAGAGCCUUGUGUGAUCUGUCAUGAGAAUCUGUCUCCAGAAAACCUCUCAGUUUUGCCUUGUGCUCACAAAUUCCACUCUCAGUGCAUUAGACCUUGGUUAAUGCAGCAGGGGACAUGCCCAACCUGCAGGCUCCAUGUUUUGCUACCAGAAGAAUUUCCCGGUCACUCCAGCUGGCACUUGCCGAAGAUCUGAUACAAGGGGUAACUUGCAAAGGAAAUUUUCAGACUCUACAAUUUAGUUUUGUCUUUUGUUAUGAGCUUUAGUGUGAGUGGUGUGAAGCAGUACACUCCUCAGUGUUGUGCAAAAGAAGCUAGCCAGUCUCAUCAAAGCUGCAGCCAAAGAGGACAGGACAAAUCUUCAGGAUAUGCACUGAACAGAAAGGGCUUAAAGAGGAUAGAAUUGU